AGUCUGUUAUAGCAACACCGAUGGGAUCCAUUUUCUACGUUGUUGUGACAUUUUGAUAAACCAAGAAAAAGGGAUUUAUUUGAUUUUUGGGAUUGGUUCAUCUGGCCUGAACAUAUUACGUUAAACGGGUGAUGAUUAACAUCAUUUAACAUCACUUUAGCCAAUAGGUAUUGGUUCUGGCAAAAGCUCAUGUCCACAAUGGGUUGAAUCAGUGAUCGCUAUCGGCAUACAUUCAUCGUUUUCUUUUCUCUUUUCUGUUAUACAUAACAAUGGAGCUGGAUGUAUCGCCGUCAAAUACAGUCGAUAUCGACAUGGAUUAUACAGAAAAUUCUUCAGAUAACAAAUAUUUGACAUGUGUAAACAACGAACCGCCAUACGCGGUUAUACGUAUUCCAGAAGAUGAUGAAAAAACGAGUAAACAUUCGUCCAGGAAACAGUCGAAGAGGAGAAAAAAGAGCUCAAAUCAUACUAGAACUUUACCUAGAAUCAUAGUCAAACCUUUGCCACCUCCUCCUCCACCAGAAAAUCGUGAAUGGACAGCAGCCACAUCCUACUCCGAACCUAGUAGUAAGCCUUCUACUAUGAGAGAGGUAUUGGCAAGUAUACCUGGUUUCUGCCUUAAGCCUCGCAAACGAAGUGGGAAAAAAUUAUCAACAGCUGCUCAAUUGCAACAAACUAGAGAAGGCUGCAUUGAUUUAGAGACACCUGAUUCAAUAUUAGUCAAUACUAACAUAAGAGCAUUAUUAAAUAAACACACAUUUUCACUGCUACCACCAUUAUAUCAAUUUAAAUUAGGCCAAUUGCUACCAAGUGUAGACCGACUUAGCCCUUCUGGUCGCCUUAAUUCAUCUAGUCUUAGUAAUGAAUUUUUUGCCCGUGCAUGUUCAGAAUGGCAGGACAGUCUUUCUGGUGGUGAGUUCACCCCAGAAAAUCAACAAAAAAUGAAGACUGAAGCAGAAAGAGAAAAAAGCAAAAUUGAUCCAUGGAAAUUAAAACAUUUUGAACCAUUUUGGGGUGAAAAAAGUAAACGAGAUAAAUCAGGAAUUAGUAUUAAUACAGAAAGACCUUCAUUGAAAACAACUAUCAAAUUAAGACCAACUGCCUCUAUAACAAGCAGUAGUACUGUUCCUAAAAUAAAAAAGAGUAAAUCUUCCAGCAACAGUAAACGAAUGCGUUCUGUAGGUGCUGUUACUCGAUCAUCUGCAAAGGUUGAUGAUAUUGUUGAUGAAGCUAGUAAUACUAAAUCAUCAGCUCCUCUCCCUGACUUAUUACCCAUCAAACAUGUUAAAGGUCACCAUCAAGGAUAUGUUGACUGUCAAGCUGAUUUUAGUUUCUCAGACUCAUCAUCAGUUCACCAAAUGGAUGAUCCGGUCUCAGUCACACCUGUGGAUCCACUCAUGGAUCCCUUAUUACCUGAUGUUGAGUCUGACCGUAAUGAAAUAAAACAUGAUCUUCACAUAAAUGUUGUUAAUAUUGAAGAGUCUGAUGUACAGAAAAUCACUGAAGUAAAUAAAAAUAAAAUGUGCGACCUUUCUGAUACUAUUAAAAGGUCAAAUGAAGACGAUAAUGAAUAUGAUUGCCUUUCUAAAAGAAUUAAAUUUGAACAUGAAUAUGAAUUAGACAAUGCUAGUUUUAUGCCAAAUAAUAUUGCAGGUGGUUCAGUUAGUAAUAAUGGCUCUGAUACUGAGCUGAAUUAUGUUGCUGAACAGGUGUGCUCUCAUGAUGAAUUUAAUAUAAGAUCUAGUCAUGAUCAAGGAGAAAACAGCGGUGAUAGCAAAGCUACAAUUUUAUUGUCUGAAUAUGAUGAAAGGAGUAUAUCUUCAGUAACAAGUUUAAAAAUUGAAACACCAUCUAAUCAUGAGCUAGUGAAUGAAACAGCUAGUAAUAUUGACAGCAUUAACACAGAAAGUAUUGCAACUGAAAUAGAAGAAACUCUAGUAAGAACUGACUUGCAAAAUUCAUCUACAUCACAAGACACACAUCACAAAUACACAAUAGAGAAUGGAGAAGAAAUGAAAAUAGAGGAUACUAAUUUAAGAAAAAUGUCAUCUAGAAUAUUAAUUAUAGAUCAAGAGGUAUCUGAGGAAAAUACUAAUGUCCAACAAUUGGAUUGUAAUAUUCCACAACCAGAUAUCAAGAGUAAUCAGCCAAGUGAAGACAUUAAAAAUGAAGAGAGACAAUCUGAUAGUGUUCAAAAUUACUAUGACGAACAUUUUAAAGAUGCAGAAUCUUUUAUUUUGGAAACAAGUGGAAUGUCAAUACUUACUUCACAGAGUGAAGAUAUUAAAUUUACUCCACAUCCAAAUCUAAUGGAGCUAUCUUCUUACAUGAGUGAAGCUAAUGUAACAGCUGUGGUAACAAUGCCUAUGACACAAAAUUCAUCAAUACCAAUGAUGGAAGUUACGAAUACAUCUAUUGUGUCCUAUCCUGAUGACAGUAUGCAAGAUCCUGCAAAGCCUAAAACAUCAGCUGUUUCCUGGAAAACUGAUAGUGAUUGGGUCAGUAGUGAAAAUAUUGUGACAUUACAUUCAUUCUCAAACUUGAAUAAUGAAACCACAAAAUAUGUCAAUGAGGAUUCAAAGACAAGCAUGGAGGAUAUAAGUAUAAAUGAUGAGAAUUGCAUGUAUAAGGAAGAUAGAGAUGCUAAUUUUAAUAUGGAAUCUUCAAACUCAUCGGAAAGUUGUCAGUCUCUGAAGGAAAUGUCAAUGAAACAAGACACUGAUACUGUGCCUAGUAUAUUAUGUAGUACUGCAUCUACAAACACUUCUGUGAAUGCCACCACCAGUUUAGCACAAAACAUCAGGACAACUGGAAAGAAAUCAAAAUCUGGAAAAGAGUCAAGCAGGAGCAGGAGUUCAAACAAAGUGCCACCGGGUGCUGUGAACCUAGAGCGCAGCUACCAGAUAUGUCAGGCCGUGAUACAGAACAGUCCAAACAGAGAUGCACUGCGUGGUCAACUGCGGCCGCCGCCCGCGCUCCUCACUCGACCAGCGCGCGCGCCGCGACCGCCCCCGCCCCCGCCCCCGCCUCCUCCACCGCCUCCGCCUGUGCUUGUAAGGCAGCUGCCUGUGUCUGUUAUGGCGCACAAUGAGAUGAAUGAUAACCGGACGAGUAACGUAGGCCAAUACAUUCUGGUACAGAGAACUCCAAACGUAGCUCCGCGAGCAUCCAGUGCGCCCCCAUCAAAUCAAAACUCUAAUGUAAGCGUGGCUAGAUGCCGGAGCGUAGGCGCGGAGGACGCGUGCGUGUGUAACUUGCGGGCGAUGAUACUGUGCAAGAAAUGUGGCGCGUUCUGCCACGACGACUGCAUUGGCUCCGCGGAGCUCUGCCUUACAUGCCUGAUCCGCUGACCCACCACUUGCCAGUCCAGAAGGUCUCAUCCGAUGUGCUUACAUCCAGCACGUAUCUUGACUACUUAUACAAUGUAUGAUUUACUCGCUGUGUGAAACUUUUUAUUACCUGUUUUGAAUUUCGACGCAUUUUUUUAUACUUAGAACCUAUAAAAGUAUACAUAUUAUGUAUUUAUAUAGAUUAAAAACAAAAUUACAUAGUUUACUUUUUAUAUGUUUCGCUUGGUAGGGUCAAGAGGCUCUUCUAAAUCGCUCUUAUAUUAUCAGGGUUCGUAAUAAUCAAGAUAUUUAUUUUUAUGAAUAAUUUUUAUUUUAGGACUUAUUUUUUUUGUAUUAAGUAUUAAAAAUUUACCGACAAAAUUAAUGUGACCAAAUCACAUUGAACAAAAAGUGAAAUGAAAACAAAUAAAAUAGGGUAGGUUCAAUCUAGACAAUUUUCUCUAUGGGAAAAACGAUAUUUGAUUAUUGUUUUAAAAUAAUUCCCAUUU